UACGAGUUCGUACUCUAGCAAUCCGCAAUACGUCUCCGGUUUCCUUCGUUUGCCAAGACAAAUAUCAGUACGUCCUUGGUGUCAACAUCCCAACCAUUCCCUUCUAGCUUCCUUCUCGUAUUUCCCUCUCAGCCGAAGCUCUCAUUUUCUUCCCGAAACCGUCUCCAAACCCACGCGUCCACCUUCUACUUGUUGAGAGCACGUUGGAAGAAAGCUGCGAGGAACAUUUCUUGCCUUUUGGAAACUCUCCCUAAGCUACAUUUCCGAAGAGAUACGCACGAUGAACAAGCACGCUCUUCUUCUUCUCCUCCUUUGCGCUGCCACAUUCGGCUAUUCCCCUGCAGCUGCCACCGGCCGUUGCUCGUUUAGUAAGGGGAUAUCACAAUGCGUGGGGUACUCAAGUGUUCCAGAGAACGCUAAUGCAAACACCAAAACAAUCCUAUUCAGGUAUGGGUUCUUGACAAUUGGUGCAGGAGCCUUCGGAUAUCUUAAAAAAUUGAAAAUAAUCACCUUCAGCUGCGCCGUCAAGUUCACCCAAGAAGGCUUUGCUGGCGCCAAUUCAGUGACCAAGUUGGUAGCUAAGGGAACUAUUAAUGAGUUUCCCAGUGGCGCUCUGGCUCGCCUGCCAGCAUUGGAAAAAAUGUCUCUGGAGGGCGCUGGUCUAAGAACUCUUUCCACAUAUCACUUCUCCGGAUUGAGUAAACUGGAAAAACUAACGAUUACAUCCAACAGAAUCGCUACACUUGAAAAUAGGCUUUUCAGUUACGCGAUAAACCUCAAAGCUGUGACUCUGAAUUCCAACAGAAUCAAGGAAAUCAAACCUUAUGCCUUCCAAGGCCUUAGUCACCUCACCCAUAUGGAACUCAAACAUAAUUUGAUUUCAAGCCUCGACGCAGCGACCUUUGCCGGCUUAAGCAGCAUUCAGUACAUUGACCUGGAGCAGAACGCAUUGGCAACCAUUCUACCUGGAACAUUCGACAACCUUCCUGAGCUCGAGACGGCAUUGCUUCAAUCCAAUGAUCUCAACAGGAAUAACCGCCUCUGCUCCAUCGCAUCCCUGAUCAAGAAUGAAAAAAUAUCCGUUGGGAAGGGCCUGAAUGAUUUCAUUAAACAAAAUAAGAUAGGAUCUUGUAAUGCCCCGUGCACCUCGGUCAGCUCUCGCUUGGUAUGCCCUGGCGGUGCUGGAAGCUGUUCUGGAACAGUCGGUAACCCAGUCUGCUCUGAUGUUGACGAGUGUAGUGAUGGUACCCAUAUGUGCACUAAGAAUGGGAAAUGUGUCAAUACCGCCAGCGGAUACAGUUGCGAGUGUGAAAGACACUUUUACGGCGACACGUGCACCU